GCUCUCUAGUCGCAUGUUCUUGAAGUAUUGAUAAAAUUUCAAUGACAUAUGUCAAAGCAGACACUCAACAACGCAGUGACGUUUCGCAAUUUACAUCGAAAAAUUAGCAAUUUUUUUUAAAUCUACCUUGUAUUUUAAAAUGAAUUUCAAAAGUUUAUGCCUCGUGGUGAAAUGAUGUGAUAUUUAGCGAAUUUAUUAAAAUAACUAAGUGAAAACACAUCACCAUGACUACGAAAGAACUUUACACUAAGGGUGCCCGUGUCUGGGUGGAGCACCCUGUGAAGGUGUGGGAAGGCGCAACCGUCACCAGCGACUACCGUUCAGGGGUGGUCAUUGUUCAAAUUGAUGACUCCAACGAAAUACGUCAGAUUAAGAUUACAGAUGAGUCUCGUAUGCCGCCACUUCGCAAUCCAUCGCUUCUGAUUGGUCAGAAUGAUCUCACUUCCCUGUCGUACUUGCACGAGCCAGCUGUGCUGCAUAAUUUGAAAGUCCGAUUCUGUGACCGCAAUGCAAUAUAUACAUACUGUGGCAUCGUACUUGUUGCCAUCAAUCCAUACUAUGACCUACCAAUAUAUGGCGAUGAAACUAUCAUGGCGUACCGCGGCCAAUCCAUGGGCGAUUUGGACCCACAUAUAUUCGCAGUUUCCGAAGAGGCCUAUACUAAGCUGGAGAGGGAGCGGCGAGAUCAAAGUAUCAUUGUGAGCGGCGAAUCUGGUGCUGGUAAAACAGUAUCAGCUAAAUACGCGAUGCGUUACUUCGCUGCUGUGGGCGGCAACGCCAGCGAAACACAAGUUGAAAGGAAAGUGCUGGCUUCCAGUCCUAUAAUGGAGGCAAUAGGAAAUGCGAAAACCACUAGGAAUGAUAAUUCUUCACGUUUCGGAAAAUUCAUUGAGAUCCACUUCGAUAGCCAAUAUAGGAUAACUGGGGCAAGUAUGAGGACUUAUCUGCUGGAGAAGAGUCGUGUCGUGUACCAGAGUGCUGGGGAGAGAAACUACCACAUUUUUUACCAACUUUGUGCGGCGGCUGCGCUGGACAAAAUGCCGGAGUUACAAUUGGACCAUCAAGACACUUUUCAUUACUUGAACCAAGGUGGGAGUCCUGAAAUCAAUGGAGUUGAUGAUUAUAAAACAUUUAGGGAGACGAAAAAUGCGCUGACGACUUUAGGUGUGACAGAGUCGGAACAAAAGAACAUGUUCACAGUGUUGGCGGCCAUUUUGCAUUUGGGUAAUGUGGGUUUGACCUCUAACCCUGAAACAACACAGGACAAUCAAGAUGGAGCGUAUAUACAUCCAAACGAUAAACACCUGUCAAUAGUGUGUACCUUACUCGGGGUGUCGAAGCCCACACUUUCCCGUUGGCUCACCCACCGUCGCAUUGCGUCCGCGCACGAGGUGAUCGAGUCGCAAAUGGACGUGCAAAGGGCCGUGUUCGCGAAGGAUGCGCUCGCGAAGCGAAUGUACGGUGAAUUGUUCUCUUGGCUGGUCCAGGCCGUCAAUAGAGCGCUGGAUACUGGAAACGCCAAAAAACACUUUAUUGGUGUUCUGGAUAUUUAUGGCUUUGAAACCUUCGAGAUUAAUUCCUUCGAACAGUUUUGUAUUAAUUACGCGAAUGAAAAGUUGCAACAGCAGUUCAAUUCCCAUGUUUUCAAGUUGGAGCAGGACGAAUAUAUUAAGGAAGAAAUUUCAUGGAAAAUGAUAGAUUUCUACGACAAUCAGCCCUGUAUCGACCUGAUCGAGGACCGUUUGGGCGUUCUAGCGCUUUUGGAUGAAGAGUGUCGAGUGCCUCAAGGUUCAGAUAUGGGCUUCGUCAGUAAAUUACACGACAAAUGUUCGAAGUACCCGCAUUUUAUGAAACCGAGAUUUGGUGCCGCUGCGUUUAUAAUAAAACACUUCGCUGAUAACGUAGAGUACCAAUGCGGUGGGUUUCUAGAGAAGAAUAGGGACACAGUAUUAGAGGAACAGUUGGAAUGUAUAAAAUCAGCGACAAAUUGUCGUCUUAUCAGUACCAUAUUCGCUGAGAACCAAACUGACCAUUCUGCGACAUUGCCUCCGCCUUCUAGAAGACGCACUACGCCUUCUUUGCCUAUGGGUAGUCUAACUCAACCACCCCGCCGUGCCUCCAGUCAAAAGCAAACUGUAGGUGCCCAGUUUAGGCUGUCCUUGUCGGCGUUGAUGGCAACAUUAUCGGCCACAACCCCCCAUUACGUUCGUUGUAUCAAACCGAAUGACACAAAACAGGCGUUCCAAUUCGACGCCGCGAGAGCUGUCAAUCAGUUACGAGCUUGUGGUGUUUUGGAAACUAUUCGUAUAUCAGCAGCUGGUUUCCCAUCAAGGUGGCUGUAUCAAGAUUUCUUCUACAGAUAUCGCCUUCUUUGCCGCUCGAAAGAGAUAGAUAGAUCGGAUAUUAAAAAAACCUGUUCCCGUAUCUUACAGAGAUAUGUUAAAGAGCUGGACAAAUACCAGUUCGGUGCUACCAAGAUAUUCUUCAGGGCUGGUCAGGUGGCAUAUCUAGAAAAAGUACGUGCGGACCUCCAACGGGCGUACUGUGUUCGCGUACAAUCUUGCGUACGCGGUUUCUUGGCUCGUAGGAGAUAUAUGCGGGUCAUGAAGGCCAUAAGGGGCAUACAGGCAUAUGCUAGGGGGCAUAUCGCUAGAACUAAAGCCCAAGAGAUCCGCCGUAGACGAGCUGCCAUCACAAUCCAGAAACAUAUUCGCGGUUGGCUCUUAAGGAAACGCUAUAUUAAAUUACGAAAACUUGCGAUUGGACUCCAAGCCCGCAUUAGAGGAUAUCUAGCGAGAAGGAAUUACAAGGAGAAGAGGUUCCUACAAGCGACUAUCACAAUACAACGCUACGCGCGUGGGUACCUGGCUCGUAAGAGAGUCCGUCAUAUGAGGAGACAGAUUGUCGUCGCUCAGGCUGCUAUCCGUCGAUUCCUAGCCCGUAGACAAUAUAAGCGUCUUCGCAUCGAAGCAAGGUCUAUAGAUCAUGUCAAGACGUUGAACAAAGGUUUGGAGAAUAAGAUUAUUUCGCUGCAGCAGAAGUUGGAACAUUAUCAGAAUAAAUCUAAAGUGAUUGAGCCGUUGCAGGCUACGAUUGUGGAGUUAAGGACCAAAUUGGAUCAUUUAAAAACAAUAGAAAUCGAGACAAAAACUCUAAAAGUGGAUAUUCAAGAUAAGGACAACUUCCUAACAUUCCUGAGAGAGGAGCUGGCGAAAGAGAAGGAGAGCAACAAGAAACUAGCAGAGGAGAAGAGGCAGAUCGAGUUGCGGUAUAAGAGGGAGAAGGAAGAGAUGGAGAUGGAGAGCGAGAAGUUGGCUAAUGAGUUACGAAGCUCCAAGGAACAUUUUGAAAUGCUUAUUGAGGAACGAGACAAGAGGCAUGAAGCGGAGAAGAAGGCGCUUUGUCUGGAGUUGGAGAAUGAGAGGCAGAGUCGGCAGAAGUUGCUCUCCUCCCAAUAUGAUCUACAGGAGAAGAUAGACUCUAUGCAGCGAGUACCCUCAAAGGAACAUAGGCGAUCAUUAUCCGAUGCUAGUAUUAAUUCACAACAGGAGACGGCCGUUGAAGAUGACUUCGGUUAUGGAUCAGUUCGUUCAGUGGAAACCACCAGACCUGCCUUGGAAGCUGUCAAUUGGUCAGCUGGGUCGCAUAACGGACCGUCACCGAUUGCAGAUGCAGGGCUUGUACUACGAAUGCAAAACCGAAUCUCUAUCUUGCAAAGUGAAUUAUCAAGGACUGCUAAGCGAGCUGGUGAUUUGGAAGACAGACUGAUGAACCGACUCAUGCUUCCACCCUCGAAUCCAAAUAGCGAUAGAUUCAAAGUGGAAGAGCUGGAAAUUGAGAACAAGAAACUUCGAGAACAAAUAGACAGACUCCGAGCUGCUGGAGACAGUAUUCUGCUGUCCAAGGAAGUUAUAGGACAAAUAGACGCAAUGCAACAGGAACUCGAUAGACGUCGCGACGAAUGUGUUCAACUGAAGAGCGUGUUAACGCAUCAGAAACCAUGGUUCCAAGCGUUGAAAACUGUUACUGUCAAUCUGAAGUCACUAGCAUCGAACUAUGGGUCGGAUGUCGACAUCAUCAAUGAAGAUGGAGAAUUGGCCUCUGCAUAUGAAGCUCAAAAGGGAAUUAAUAGGCAAUUACAAGAAGAGCUGACAGCCGAGAAGCAGUUCUACGCUGAACACAUCUCCCGUGCAAAGAUGGAGAUAGAGAAACUGCGAGAAGAGAAUGAGAAGUAUCAGAAAUUAUUAAGCACAGAUCUAAGCAUAGAGCCAAAGAAUAAGACCCAAGAAUAUGCGCAAAAUGAAAUUAUUCGUCUCGCUGCAGAAAGUUUAGCCAUACAGGAACGUGUCGACAAGUUAUCGGAGAGCUGUCGCCGUUAUAAAAAUCAAAUUCGUAUGCUGGUCAACAAGUUGAAGGAAGCUGGUAUUGAAGAUGUUCAGGAGAUUUUAGAAGGAAAUGACACAAUAAUAUCUCAGAACACAACACUCCCGUUGGAGAUUGCUACUGUAACCAGAAAGAAAGAGAGGGAGUACCUGGGAAUGUUCGAAUAUAAAUUGCAGGACGAACACACGAUCAUCAAGAAGCUUAUAAUUGAUCUAAAGACCCACGUAGCGACGACACUGCUCCCCGGUCUUCCGGCCUUUAUCCUCUUCAUGAUGCUCCGUCACACAGACCAUGUCGACGAUGAACCCAAGAUGCACUCCUUGAUGAAGGGAAUCCGAACCGGAGUCAAGAAGACCCUGAAGAAGCGAUCUGAUAAUUCGGAGUACAGCAUUCUUUGGCUCGCUAAUAUGUUGAGACUUCUUAACAACAUGCGCCAAUACAGCGGUGAUGAAACUUAUCAAUCGAGCAAUACGCCCAGACAAAACCAACAGAGUUUGCGUAUCUUUGACUUGUCAGAAUAUCGGCAAGUGUUGAGCGACAUCGCAAUUUGGAUAUAUCAAGGUCUCAUAACCCACAUACAGACCCAAUAUGAACGCCUUAUCGUGCCAGCAAUACUAGAAUACGAAGAAAUAAGUGGACUCUCUGGCCCCAAAGCUAUUCCUACACCAGCGCCAUCUGCUGGCCCCGCCAGGCUGAAACACGACUUGGCCGCGAUGCACGAGCAUCUCAAAGUGCAUCAGGUUGACACGCCGUUACGUGCUAUGAUAUUUAAACAGCUAUUCUACUUCAUCUGCGCCUACAGCCUCAAUCAGUUGCUCCUGCGUAAGGACUUGUGCUGCUGGGCUAAAGGGCUGCAAAUCAGGUACAACAUCUCACACCUGGAGACAUGGAUUAAGGAGAACCUGGCUGAAUAUGGCCAGAAAUGCGUGGAGGACACGUUGUCCGUCCUGAAGCCGAUAACACAGGCGGUUCAACUGCUUCAAGCGAGAAAGUCAAUGGCCGAUGUCGCAAGUACUGUGGAGAUGUGCGCCGAUCUGACGGCUAUACAAGUUUGCAAGAUUCUCAACAUGUACACACCGGCUGAAGAGUACGAGGUGAAAGUAACGAAGGAAUUUAUACACGAAAUACAAAAGCUGAUGAAGAGCCGGCCUGGUGCUGACUCGGAGUCUAAAAACCUGUUAAUGGAUUCGAAAGUGAUAUUCGCAGUACAGUUUCAAUACAGCCCUUCGUCAAUUCGUCUUGAAGACAUCGAAGUACCCAAUGUACUGGAACUGGACGGAUUACUCACUAAAAUCUAGACAUAUGUGCGAAUCGUAUGUUGUACACAUUUGGGGGGGAUGCGUUAGUCACAUGUGAGUUACCUUAUGUCAGUCUCGUGUGACAUACAAAAGAUCAGUCACAUGCUUAAUUUAUUGUCAGUCGUAUAUUGGACACAUGUGCGUAACAUUCACUGCGUAACAUGUGACUGCGAGCGAGUUUAUUAUGUCAGUCACGUGUGACUGAUACAAAGUCAGGCACGUGUGACCUUAUCUUGUUUCACGCAUUUGGUGUAUAGUCUGAGUUUUCUUUGAGAUAUAACAAAUUAUGUAUCCAGUAUUUAACAUUUGCAAAGGACAAAUAUGUGUCUGUCAGUCAGUCUGUCUGAGAUUUCUGCAUAAUCCUAUUUAAAAAAUAUAUAUAUUUUUCAUUGCAUUUAAAUAUUCCAUAUAUCAGCCAUACAAUUGUGUCUUUGGAUUGUUAAGUUUAAUAGAUUAUUUAGAUUUAAGUAUGAAACAUUCCGUAUUAGUGUUGCUAUAUUUAGAGAAUGUCUCCGCAAAUUGCUAAUGCGCUGGCACCCACAGUACAGUUAGCAGAAAAGUUAACUGUUAAUUUUUAAUGCUUAUUAUUUAUAACAAACUUGGUAGAUGGACUUCUAAAAUUUUCCUUUUGAAGAAGACGUUUCCAUGUUUAACACAUACGAAGGAAAACAUCCUGAGGAAGCCUUUGGGGUUAUGUAGGCACAGAAGGCCUACUUGUCUCAUGAAACCGUUUUAAACAGAUUACGAGCCGUUAUGGCGUCCCAAUAUUUUAAAUGGUUAGUUCUUACAAAUCUUUAAAGCAUUUACUGUUACAACAAUGAUUGUUAAAUAAUUAUGCACUCCAUGAAAACCUUGCUCAGAGUUCAAGGAAUAAAAAUAUACUCGAAUUGGUUGAGGUUUCGAGUUCCAAGCAUCAUACUUUGCUAUUUUUAUUUAAUUAUUAGCAAUUUGCGAAUUGUAUUAAGCAAUGGUGCCAUUUUGAUUGCUCACUAUUUAUAUCAUUUCGUCCAUUAUGUACUUAAUCUUAUAUCAAACAUAAAAAAAUACAUAUAUUAUGUUAAUUAUAUUAAUACUUGUUAAAUUUAACUAACCUCUUUCGUCUCUUUCUGUUGCAUUGUUUAUAUUGUGGUAGAUCGAGAAAGAUAUAGUUCAAACGAUGCGACUUGAAUUUAUUUUAUAUUAAUCUUAGGUAAAAUUAAAUAUUUGGUCUCUUUCUGUCGCAUUAUAUUUACGCUGAGAUCGAAAGAGAUAGCUAUAGUUCGAACGGUGCGAUUUGAAUUUAUUUCAUAAUAAUACUUGUAAUAAAGGUUUGAACUAAACCUUUCCUCACUUUCUGCCGCAUUGUUUGCGUGCUGUAAUAGAAAGAGACAGCUAUAGUUUGAACAAUGCAAGUGGCAUUACUUGAAUUAACUUUCCAUGAAUACUUGUUUAAUUCAAAAGUUUUGUCUCUUUCUGUCAGAUUGAGUUUACGCUGUAAUAGAAAGAGACAGCUGUAGUUAGAACGUUGCGACUUGAAUUUAUUUUAUAAUAAUAUUAGGUAAAUAUAAAUCUGUGGUCUCGGUCUCUAUCUGUCGCAUUGUGUUAACGCUAUGAUAGAAAGAGACAGCUAUAGUUAGAACGUUGCGACUUGAAUUUAUUUUAUAUUAAUAUUAGGUAAAUAUAAAUCUGUGGUCUCUAUCUGUCGCAUUGUGUUAACGCUAUGAUAGAAAGAGACAGUUAUAGUUCGGACAAUGCGACUUGAAUUUACUUCAUAUUAAUUCUAAUAUUUAUCACUUUUUGUCGCAUUGUUUACGCUGUGGGAGACCGAGAUAGAAAUAGUUCAAGCCAUGCUACUUGAAUUUAUUUUAUAUAAUACUAGGUACUCAAAUAUUUCAUCUCUCUCUGUUAUAUUGUAUAACGCUGUUAUAGAAAGAGACAUAUAGUUCAGCAACUUAUUUAGAAAUAGAUGCCACAUAUAUUCUAAUGGCUUAAAUUAAAUUAUUCAAAUAAUAUUAAGGCUGAAAUUUAUGUAGUUUAUUCUAUUCUAUAUAUUAUUUUCUAUUAUUAUUUCUAAAGAUCGGUAUCGCCACUGAUUUGUUUAUUUCAAGUUCACUCUGAAUACAGGAUUGUUUCAAGAAAGAAUUUAAGUCUCUGAUAAAAUUCAUACAUUUCUAUUUAUCAAUUAUAUAAAUCUCAGCCUUUACUGACUUACUAAAGAAAGCAACACGUUUCUUUCACAAACUUGCCUGACCUGUUCUUGGCCUAUCACCAGUUAUGAGUUCACUUCCAACUCUUCCCAUCAUGUUUUAUGUUUAAUCGUCAUACAAUUUUGUCCAGCUUUUCAAUCUCGUUCUUCGCUCAUGGUCUGCGCUCGUUUGUUCCUUUGGGCCAGUCCGUUCGUUCAUUUUUGACCAACUUUCAUCUGGAUAUUUAAAAGUACUUAGACCUGUUUUUAAUUAGAUCGCUGUAGCUCACUCUUAUCUAUGGGUAACUCAUGGUAUCGUGCUCAGCUGUAUACCACCUGGUGUGAAUCAUUCCUCCACCAGGUCCUGCCCUUAUGACGGCGUAAACGACUUGAUCAGUCCGUCGUUGUCCACGCGAUCUUCUGCCUUCGGUGUUGCCAGUCACGAGGUGCUUCUCUAGGUUCGUGUCGCCAAUUGUGUAACUAAACUACGAACUGAUGCGAUGAUCCUUGAUCCCAUACCAGGACAGAUUCUUUUCCACGAUGAAGGAAAGCAAGCAGGCAAAGAUCGCCUACUU